AGUGCCUCAAAAUGGCUACCAGUGAUGAUGAACCUAUGCAUCAUUUAUAUGAGGUUUUUACUACUUGUUUUAAUAAAAUAGCCAACAAAGCUCCUGAAAAAGUUGGAUUUCAACCCCCCUAUGGGGGAUUAGACAACGGAAUGGCCUACGCACUAAGUCCGGCCGGUCCGGUAUACAGCGGCCCUGGCGCGAGUCCGACCCAGGCGACGGCCGAACCGUUUACGGCCGACAGCCCGUAUUUUCCUUUUAACGCGCGGCCCGGCAGCCGCUUGUCGCCGGCGAAGGCGAAAAUUAUCCCGGUAGCCGCUGGAUUAAGGCCGACCAAGGAGGAACCCGCAGGCACGGCGACUACGUUAGAAGGACACUGGGGAGUGUAUGGCUCGGACGAAUUCGCGCAGGACUCACCGCGGUACACAUCUCCAGGAGGGGCUGCAGGGUACUACCUCGGUGCCGGCGAUGCCACUCCUAAUUCAGCGGUAGGUGGAGGCGAUUGGCCUGCCUCCUACCCCACCUCAUAUCAAACCUAUGAGGCGUACGGUCUCAUUCCAGAAUCCGAAACAGCUGGCCAAGGUCUACCUCCCAUGUCUUCUCUGAGGCCUAACGGGACACCGACUGCCACCACCUUGGCCGGGCCUAACACCGCCGCAACUUUCGCCACUCCUAACCAUGAUGUAAAUAAAGGACUAGGAGGGAUUUACCCGGCAACCGAACAGGCAAGCGCGAGCAGCUAUAGCUCGGCGCCUUCGACGCCGGUCAGUUCACCUCCUCCUAUAGCUCCAGCCGGUUGGUUGACCACCCCUCAUUCCCCCCACUACACGCAAGCUGUAAAUAAUACUGUCGCCCCUCAGGGAUUACACAUGCCUGCUCCUGAAGCGCAGCGGCUAGAUGACGCUAUAGGUUUUUUACGAGACCAUGCUGAAGUAACGGGUACUCGUAUGGAAGAAAGACUGGACGAUGCUAUAAAUGUCUUGAGGAACCAUGCAGAACCAUUAGGUCUAGUAGGACAGCUUCCAAACAGUCUUGCACACCAGAUGUCACAACUUGGGUAUCCCGCACCAUCCCCAGCAGACCCACACCUGCCAGAUACAAUCAAAGUUGAACGACCUAUAUACAACACAAAAAAGCGCAAGGAACCUCCAGACAGUGAUUCAAAACCAUCAAGUUCCGUAGAGAGUAUAGUACAAAACACCAGCGGGCCUCCUCAGAAAGCAACAAAACGGUCAAGGAGAUAUAGUUGUUCAAGUAACGCCGAUGAAGAUGAAAUUGAUGACCCCAGCAACAAGGCCGUACGCGAGAAAGAGCGUAGACAGGCAAACAAUGUCCGUGAACGUUGUUCCAGUGCUGAUGAAACAGAAGAGGGUGAUUUAGAUCCUGAUAUCAAAGCUCAGAGGGAAAAAGAAAGGCGGCAGGCAAAUAAUGCAAGGGAAAGGAUACGUAUCCGUGACAUUAAUGAAGCUCUAAAAGAACUGGGAAGGAUGUGUAUGGCACACCUUAAGACAGACAAACCUCAAACCAAACUGGGAAUUUUAAAUAUGGCUGUUGAAGUCAUAAUGACUUUGGAACAGCAAGUAAGAGAGAGGAAUCUCAACCCUAAAGCUGCUUGCUUGAAGAGACGAGAAGAAGAAAAAGCGGAAGAUGGACCUAAAUUAGGACCCGGACCACAUCACAUGCUCUCUGCUCCUCAUUACCCCUCUUUGCCGGGUGUACCCACCAAUUUGCCUCACAAUCCAGGUCAGCCACAAUAGCAUUGAUAGUAUUUCUUGCUACCUGUACAUACACUUUCGUACAAAGCGGCAUCAUCAUAUUCAUCAUACAUCAACAAUUAUCUAUUUUUUUAAGAAUAUUAUGUAGUGAUACAGUAACUGUAUUCUUACUUCUUAUUCUUGUCUAUUUACAACAUUUUUUUCACUUAAUUUUAUUUGCGGAACUGUUUAGACAUGACAGCUUUAUUUAUUAUUAGAUUUGAGGUAGCUGAAGAGAUUACAAUGGCAGUUGGGUUCCUUUUAGUAAUGUUUUUCGGUGAAUUGAAACUUGAAGUAAAAGUGAAUGUAUUUUAUGGCACUAUUUCAAAAUGAAAAUAAUUGGGAGUUUUUAUAACUUGACAAUUUUUCUUUUGAAUAGUAUUUUUUUCUGCAGACUGGAAAAUACAAUACAUAUUUUAAUUCCAUAUUUCAGAACUAUUGAUGAUUCUGAAGACUUGAAUUUAAAAAAUAAUGGAAGAUAUAAUUGAAUUCAUCUCGGCUUCGCAGCUGAGAAUGAAUGAAGAUAGUAACACUGAAUUUUGUUACUCUUAACACUGACACUAUUUUAUAUACACUUAAUUUAUACAGGACAAUACCGUAAGCUGUGAAAAAUCUCGAAUUCAAAUUUCUGUUUUGGAAAAAACUGUUCAAUUGAAUUUAAUUUUUUGUUUUCUUUUUGUAGUUGGUUACAAGUUGAAUUAUUGAAUGAGGUUAUCCGAGUUGUGAGGCACUGUUUGGAGCCUUUGGCGUAAUAACGAAUAUUACUGGAGUUUGGUGUUGGGAUUGAACUCCAAUAAUAUUCGAGGUUAUCCGAGUUUGAUAAAAGAGAAAAUCAUUUUUCUGCAGUCACUGAAUUGAAUAAUAAUAAAAAUUGGAAAUCAUACAGAGAUUGGUAUGUAAUCUCAUUCAAAAACAUUACUGAAAUGAUCACAGAAUGUCUCAAACGGUAACAGAAAUGUUGACCAAUAAUUUUUUCAUGCUUUCAGCUAGACCUUGAUAUUGAAUGACAUCAUUUAUAUGUGGUUUGAGAGGAAAAAAUAAUCCAAUUGUGCCAAAUCUUACAUAAUACUCUAGUAAUGUUAGCAAGCUUAUUUAGCUCAUAUUUCUUAUUUUUGUAUUAUACUAUUGAUCUCUACUUCUGCCAUUUUUUAAGGAUAUUCAGCAUGGAGUACCUAAGUUGCAACGAAAAAUGAAGUGAUUUUGGGUAAAGUCGAAUAUAAUAAUGAUAUCACUUGUAUUAUAAACAUUCAAAAGGUAUACAAAGAAUUGAAAGGGCAUACAUUUUUCCAUCUCAGUUUUCUCAAAAUUUUCAUUUGUGGUUACUGUAAAACAGAAGAGAAAGAAAAAGAAGAUAUUUAUUAUUUCAUAUUCAUAGUAAACUUUUAACUUCAUUUCACAUGUUCUUAUCGCUGGAAUUUUCGGAUGUUGAGAAGCAAUACUUUUUCAUGGUGUUUGGUAUCCUGGAGAAUAAAAAUCAGACUGAAUUCAAGUACUUUCAACUUUUUUUUUGUUGUAUUAUAAAGUUUGUACUUAAUAUAUAUUUUAGAAUGAA